UUACCUUGUAUUGUAGAUAUUUGACUAGAUCUAGUCUAGUACUAUACUCUAAUUCUAGAGUCUACAACUAAGUUAACUAAGAUAAUCAUAGUUACUCUGGUCUAUGGAUUUAUAAUACUGAUCCAUAAGAUAAAUGGCGGCCGCCAGCUAAAACAUGAUCAUACCAGAUAAAUUAAGUAUGUAACCUAGUAAUUUUGAUAUCGACAUUUUUGAAAAUGGUGAGCAUACCAGACUGGGCUAGGUUUGCUCAGUUGAUUGACACUAAACAACAAGAUUCACAAAAUCUUCUCAAUAAGUUUUAUAAACAAAAAGAAACUGAGGUUAUGAAACAUGCUCUAGAAAGUGGAUAUAUUUUUGUGGCUACAAAAGAAGCAUUGUCAUCUCACUGCAUUGAUCAGAAUCCAGAGGAGAAUGAUGUCACCAAAUUCAGACUUAUUUCACUUGCUGGUAUUCACAUCAGAAACUUGGGAGAUAUCUGGUGCUGCACUAACUUAACCAUAUGUCUUCUCUCUAAUAACUAUUUGACUAAAAUUGAUUCACUAGCCCACUGCAAACAUCUGAUAAAACUAGAUCUUCAUUCAAAUCAGCUAAUUACAGUUCCAGGCCUGAAUUUCUGGAGCCAUUUACGAAACCUACAAAUAUUAUAUCUACAUGAUAAUCCUUUGGGGAAGUUUGAAAUAUUAAAGAAUCUCAGUUCAUGCAGUUAUUUGACUCUACUUACACUUUAUGAUACUCCUUUGGCAUUAAAGAAAAACUACAGACACCAUGUUGUGAACAGUAUUUGGACACUCAAAGCUCUUGAUCAUUUUGUGAUUUCUGAUGAAGAGAUAAUUGAAGAUGCUGUUUUUAAUGGCAGGUUUCAAGCAUUAAGUCCACCAUUCAGAAUCAUCCUUUGUCCACCAACUUAUGCUAAUCCAACCUACAGCACAGAGUUGGAGGGGAUCAAAGGAAUAAUGAUGAAGGUGAAUAGAAUACUUGCCAAACAUUCUCCUGUGUUGAUUGUUCAGAGGUGUAUCAGGGGUUUUUUAGUCAGAAAAAGACUAUGUAGGCUACAUGCUCUAGGUGGUCUCAAACUAAAAGAAGUAUUUCCUCCACCUGGGACACCAAUUUAUCUGAAGGAUCAAGUCAAGACAUCACUUCUUGGAGUUAAUAUUGAUUAUGACACUUACAUGAAAAAUCGUCGUCCAGGCUCAUUAGUUCCAGAAGAGACUUUCAGGACCAUGCAAUCGGAAGAAAUGCCAUCCAUGGUCAGUAACAAAAGUCUCAUUGUUAUCAACAUGGAUAAACUUGAGGAGGACAUGCUGUCUAGUUUACAAGCAGACACAGUUGCCAUGGAGAAAUUACUAGCAGACAAACAAAAGAUUGGACUUCCUCAUAAUUCUCCUAAAGAAAGUUCCAUCAAAAAGGCAAAAAAAUCUGACAUAAAAUCUAAGUUCAGUCGAAUCAAAAAUCAAAAACAUUUUUUUGGUCCUGUUGUGUUCAAUGAUUCCCUAGAUGACUCUGAAGAUGAAGAGUCCAUACCAUUCAAUAGCUUUAGACUAAAAGGGCAAACUGAAAAAUGUAUUAUUGCUGAUGCUACCACAGAGAUGAUAUUGAAUAAGAAGGAGUCUGGUAAAAUGGUAAGGGAAGCAGAAACGGAGAGAAUGACAAAAGCAUUCUUUGAAACAAAGCCAAAAGUUGAACGACCCAAUUUCCUGACUAAUGAACAAAGAUUUUUCAAUAGAGCCCAAGGUACAAUGGGUUUAUCAUGUUUGAUGGCUGUUCAGAAAGCUUACAAUGAAAGAGAAAAAGCAGAAAAGGCUGCAGCCAAAAUAGAGAAUAUUCUUGGCUUGCGAGAAGAAAGAUUACGGUCACAAGACAGGGUCAACAUGUAUCGUGAGCAGAGACGACUUCAAGUUCUCAAGGCUCGAGACCUGGAGAGGUCAUUGAUAAUGGAGCAGAUAGAAAAACAUGAACUUGAAAAAAUAAACUUCCUGGAUAAGCAACAAGAGCGUAAAGUUCGAAGUUCUGAUGUGAACAAACAGUCUAGGUCAAACCAAACAUUUGUUGUAGACUUCAAUUCCCAGCAUACAUCUGUGUCUAAAGCUCUUCUCAGACAUGACAGACAGGCUAGAUGGGAGGACAGCCAUUCAAACAGACGGAACCAAGUGACCAAUGUUAAGUUAACUGAACUGGAGCAGCAGGAUGUUGUGAAAAAUUACAUGGAACACAGACAACUGAUGAGACAGACAGAGACUUCUGUGGCCAAAGCUGCACUUGGAACCAAGAUGUUGGCUGAAGCUAAUGAGCGCAUGAUGGAUGCACGCAACAGAGUGGCUCAGUUAAAAGCUCGUCAAUCUAGCAUCCAGGCUUACUACCCUGUCCGUCCAAGUACUAUACCUUUAAGUAGCUAACCUUAGGUCUCACUGAUAUAAUAAGAUCAUUUUAUAGAACUGUCACAUAAACUAAAAGUUAGGCUCAACCAUUGACUUAAAAAACAAACAAACAAACAAACAAAAAAACAAGUAUUAAUAAAUUUUUUAAACAAUGAUUAUUGCAGAAUGUUUAAAAAAAAGUUUCUUUAAAAAGUAGCUUUUAAUUUAAGUCUACUAAGUUAAAAGCUACAUGUAAUAUUAGUUCACUUAACAGUUUAAUUAUCAAAACAUUCAAUUAAAAAAAGAAUACUAGUAGUUCAAUAUAUAUAUAUUUUAAUUUUUUUUCUUUGUUAAUAUUUUUUUUUAAUCCUCAUAUAUUUUAAAACCUUGUUUAACACCAGCAAAGGGACAUAUUAUUUAAUGAAAACCACGUCAGGUCAAAUAUUUUUUGUUAAGUUUUUGAUUAUAUAAGCAAGAGUGACUGACUUUCAAAUGAAUUUAUUUUAAAGUAUUUAGAUUUUUAAACUGACAUAAUGUCAAUCACUAAGUUUUUUUAUGACUUAAAAAUUUUUUUCAUAAGAUCUGAUUGGAUAGUUGCAAUGAAGAAUUGAAGAGAAUAUUUUAAGGUAAAAUUGUAGAUUUAUUUCUGUGUGCCUCUAAUAUUAUUGUAUAAAAAAAAACUAAAAUUGUAUUUUAUUGCCAAAAGGGAUGACACAUUUUUAUGCCAUUAUUGUUUACAUUUGUAUUAAUAAAACAAGUCUUUGUAAUAAAACAAAGCAGCUUAUAAAACUAAUUGAUUGUGUGUAGGCCUAUGUGUGUUGUACUUAUUAUUGAUCUUUGUUAGAUAUCAUAUUGAACAGAAAAUAUUAAUCUGGUAUUUAUAAAAAGGGGUUCAAGUAUUUGGAAAAAAUGAUGUAAAAAAAAUUGGGCACUGUGAUGAAAGCUCAUGUAUCUUUGGUUUUCACCACACAAGAAAACUCAGAAAUUUUAGUUGACAAUGAAUAAAAUUUUCUAGUUAAAUGAUAGAGAAAUGUUGCAAGAUUUU